UUCCAUCGGUGAUGACGGCAUCAUAAAAAUCUCACCCUUUUCAACUUUCCUUUCUAUCCCUCUCCCGAUUCUCUCUCUGCCACCAACACUCAAACACAUAGUGUGCAGCACCAGCAACCGCAAAAAUGGCACUGCAAAUAUGGGAGACACUGAAGGAAGCCAUAGUCGCCUACACAGGCCUCUCUCCACCCACCUUCUUCACCCUCCUCGCCCUCUUCCUCGCCAUCUACUACGUCGUUUCGGGCCUCUUCCCCUCCUCCGACAACCACCGCCACGUGGCUUCGCGCGACUUCGAGCCCCAGAUGGAGCCUCUGCGACCACCCGUUCAGAUCGGCGAGGUCUCCGAGGAGGAGCUCCGAGCCUACGACGGCUCCGAUCCCGAGAAGCCCCUCCUCAUGGCCAUCAAGGGCCAGAUCUACGACGUGUCGCAGAGCAGAAUGUUUUAUGGACCUGGUGGACCCUAUGCUCUAUUUGCUGGCAAGGAUGCUAGCAGAGCUUUAGCAAAGAUGUCUUUUGAAGAGAAAGAUCUAACUGGAGAUAUUUCUGGCCUUGGUCCAUUUGAGCUUGAGGCCCUGCAAGACUGGGAAUACAAGUUUAUGGGCAAGUAUGUAAAAGUUGGAACUGUCAAAGCGACAGUUCCAGUGACCAAACCAGAAUCCACUGGUGAAGCAUCAGAAUCUACACCCCAUGAUGCUGAAUCUUCCAAGCCUACUGAAGAUGUUCCAUCAGAAUCAGCAGCCGUUAAAUAUGAUGAAACUCCUUCAAAGGUUGAUGCAGAUAAAGAGGAAUAAUCGUUGGGUAAAUAAUUGUUGUCUUGCAAGCAAUGGAAACAAUUACACAGAAGCUUCUGAAAUAGACUGAUCCUUGCUGAAUGUAUUCAGCAAAUGUGGGACGAGUUAUUGGUGUAGGCCACCCCGUUUGCACUGAAACUUUUUCCAAGUUUUCUGUUUGAUAAAUAAGGAAUUCUUAGUAUUUAAUUUCAGCUUUACUGAGUUUAAGCUUCUUGUAUUCCAUAAGAUAUGUAUACUUAAGAGGGAACAAACCAAGUGACAUUUGGGACCAUAUACUGAUCCAAGUAUUGAAUGAAUGCAUUUGGUCUUAUAUGGUAUAAGGUAUAAUCGUUUAUUA